GCUUAUGUAUGCAGUUUUGUUCCUUGAUUAAAUGAAGUUGCAUUGACAGCUGGAGACCACAUGUAACUUCCUAAAAUACUGAAAGGACUGUAGAGAUUUCUGAGUAGAAUUCUGGUUGUCCUAUCCCAUCCCCCGGCAAAAUAUGGGUCUCCAUAUUGUUUGCAUAUGUAGAGAGGAUGAACCAUAUCCGUGAUAUUGUGAAGUAGCUGGGGUGUUGUGUAAGGUCAAAAGCACACACCACAAACUAAAUGAAAUCAGCAAAGUGUCUAUCGUAACUGGACAAAUGGGCAGGUGGGGAAAAUGGCAAAGGUAAAUACUGACACAGUACAACUGUUGAAGGAGAAAGCUACACAAACAGACCAGAAAUCAUGUGGGCAUAAGGUGACAAAAUAGGACUUGAGAUGUGGCACUAUUUUCAGUGAAAUUAUGUAAAGAUAAACACAAUUUUCAGACACGGCUUUAGGCUUUCCACACACAGUCUAAGAUGCCUGUAAAUACCUAAUACAAUAUUUUUCUAAUUUGUUUAAAAGUGUUUUAUUAUAAUCAACGAUAGCAUUCUCAUACUGCAGUCUGCUAUUCUGAUUUUUCCUAAAGAAAUAUUGGAAAUAGGGCUAUAAAUUCAUUACCGCUUUUUCUUUGCUGUAAAUAUUAAUUUGAAGCUGAUUCCUUUUAACCUAUUGUAAUGGUGAACAGAUAACACUUUCCAACAGGCAUAUUCAAAUAACCUGUAUGAGAAUAUGGUCUGAGUCAUUACAUAAAAAUACUACUAUGUCAUGAAUUAGGGAAGAAAAAUCAUUGGGAAAAGAUUGCAGUUCUCGGUUUCAGACUCACAGUGUCACUGUUGGACAAGGCGGCAAUCCAAGGGCAGCUGAAGUUCCACUGAUGCUUUCUGCAGAGAGAUCUCUUCGUCCCAAACUGCACAUCGGGAAAACCAGCAGACGCUGGAACAAAGGUUUCAGCUGGGAAAAAAGAAAAUACUGCAGCAUAUACAAAUUAAACCAAAGGAUCCAGUUCUUUUUUUACUGGGCAAAAAAAUCUCCUGUCUUGGUGGAAAUCUGAGAUCCUGUGCUCAUCAAAGAGAAGAGGAAAAUGAAGAGAAGAGGAAUCCUCCAUGGAAAGGGCUUUCAAACAUCAGGAAGGUAUAUAACACUUCUGAUAUUUUCAUCUUUGUUCUGUGGAGCAGUUUUGGAAGAGGUUCACUAUUCCAUUCCUGAGGAGAUGGCAAAGGGGUCUUUGGUGGGAAAUCUUGCCAAGGAUCUAGGACUGAAUGCCAGAGAACUGAAGAGCAGAAACCUGCAUAUCCUUUCUGAAGGUAAAAAGCCAUAUUUCACUAUCAAUGCUGAAAAUGGAAACCUGUAUGUGAAUGAGAGGAUAGAUCGUGAGGGGAUGUGUAGAGAGAGCACACACUGCAUUAUUGAUUUUGAAGCUGUGGUGGAAAAACCAUUGAAUGUUUUCCAUGUAAGUGUAGCAAUCCAAGACAUUAAUGAUAAUGCCCCACACUUCUUAGAAGCCAAUAUUAGACUUGAAAUAAUUGAAUCCACAUUGCCAGGUGCUAGAUUUCCCCUUGGGAAAGCUGAAGAUCCUGAUAUUGGGAUUAAUUCUCUCCAGAAUUACCAGUUAAGCCUAAAUCAGUUAUUUAUAUUAGAAAUUAAGCAUAGUCUGGACGGCCAUAAAUAUGCAGCAUUGGUGCUGCAGAAACCUUUGGAUCGGGAAAGUGAGCGCUCCCUUCAGUUGAUCCUUACGGCCCUGGAUGGGGGUGAACCCAGAAAAACUGGGACUGCUCAGAUAUGGAUUAAUGUCACAGAUGCCAAUGACAACCCACCAGUCUUCACUCAAGAGGUUUAUACAAUUAGCCUGAGGGAAAAUUCCCCUGUGGGGUCCUCCAUACUCCAAGUAAAAGCCUCUGAUAGGGAUGAAGGUUCAAAUAGUCAGAUCAGUUACACAUUCAGUAAAGUCCCAGAAAAAGUCUAUGAGAAAUUUAGACUAGAUCCACAAAGUGGAACAAUUACAAUUAAGGAGACCCUUGACUUUGAGGAAACAGAAAAAUACACUAUGACAGUUGAAGCAAGAGAUGGAGGAGGAUUAGUGGCUCACUGUAAUGUUGAUAUCAAGAUUAUAGAUGAGAAUGACAAUGCUCCAGAGAUCAUCGUGGCCUCCUUAUCCACCCCAGUAUCAGAAAACUCUGUUUCUGGAACAAUAAUUGCUCUCAUCAAUGUAAAGGAUAGAGAUUCUGGAGAAAAUGGAAAAAUUACAUGCCAUCUACAAAGUAAUGUACCAUUUAAAAUAGCAUCAAUAUCUAAGAACAACUACAAAAUCCACACAGACAGUCCAUUGGACAGAGAAAAAGCCUCAGAAUACAACAUCACAAUCACGGCCACUGACAAAGGUAGCCCCCCUCUCUCCUCCAACAAAACUAUCUCCCUGCAGAUUUCAGAUAUCAAUGACAACCCCCCUGCCUUUGAAAAAUCAACCUACAGUGUCUUUGUGCCAGAAAACAAUCCCUCAGGUGCCUCUAUUUUUGCCCUCAAAGCCUCGGACCCGGAUCUGGACCGCAACUCACGUAUCACUUACUCCAUCCUCAACAGCAACAUGGAGGAGCUGCCUCUCUCCUCUUACGUCUCCAUCAACUCUGAGACGGGAACUAUCUAUGCACAGCGCUCCUUUGACUAUGAGCAAUUCCGGGAGUUUCAUAUCCAAGUGAAGGCCCAAGAUGGCGGCUCUCCCUCUCUCAGCAACAACGCCACCGUGUGGGUGUACAUUUUGGAUCAGAACGAUAACAGCCCCCGCGUUCUGUAUCCUGUCCCGGGUGUUGAGGGCUCUGCCUUGUUUGAGAUGGUUCCUCACUCGGCAGAGCCAGGCUACCUAGUGACCAAAGUGGUGGCUGUGGAUGCGGACUCUGGGCACAAUGCCUGGCUCUCCUACCAAGUGCUGCAGGCCACGGAGCCAGCCCUCUUCACCAUUGGGACCCACACGGGAGAGAUCAGGACAUCACGAGCCCUUCUGGAGAAAGAUGCUGUGAAACAGAAGCUGGUCAUCUUGGUGAAGGACAAUGGGAAGGCUCCACUCUCAGCUACAGUGGUCCUCAACCUCGUGGUUGCUGAGAACUUCCAAGAGGCACUUCCAGAAAUGACUAGGCAAUCCAGUGACACAGAGCAUCAUUCUGACCUCCAGUUUUACUUGGUGCUGGCUUUGGCAUUGAUCUCAUUUUUAUUCCUCCUGACGGUGAUACUGGUCAUUGUCAUGAAACUUCGACAAUCAGGAAAUCCCAAAUUAUUCCAAUGCUUUGAACCUAAUGCUUUUUCUAAGGCGCAGGUCAUAUUUCCACCAAACUAUGAAGAAGGAACUUUACCUUAUUCCUACCAACUCUGUCUAUCGUCAGAGUUGAGGAAAGAGCAGAUCUCUUUCCCAAAACCCCAUAUCCAGGUGGCAGAAAACUUGCUAUGCAAUGAUAGCUCUCAGGUGGUUCUUGUGGAUGGCAACUGUGGGGAUGCCAGUGCCAAAGAGGAGGUUGGUGAGCAGGUAAGCUUUGCUUUCAGAAACAGCCUUACCUUAAAGGAAUAAAACUAAUAUUUUUAU